ACCUUAAAGUUAUUUUGAUAUAUCUCGGGGGUGUAGGUGCAAUAUAUCUUUUAUUCUUUCUUCAUUCCCUCCAAUGCCCACUAAUUAUCAUUUUCACAUGGUUGACUCUUUUCAUCACAUCUCUGCGAAAGCAAUAAAUUUUCACUGAAAAAUGCAUACGAUGAAUAUAUAGCUGUUUCAGUUUACUGAAUUCGUUCUAGAUUCAUCGGAGAGAGAAAGAAGAGAGAGAGAGAUCACAUUGAAAGAUGGCUUAUGCUGCUGUGAUUUCUCUGAAGCAGACAAUUGAGCAUCUUCUAUAUUCUCCCCAUGUUGUAAAUCCCGUCCCACAAAUCCUACAAUCUCUGUACGAGGAUGUUUCCUCUUUACAAGAACUUCUCAAAGAACUUGACAGCAGCAGCAACACCAUCAGAGAGAAGGUGAACGCUAAUUUGGAUGGGCAAAUCAGAGAUUCGGUAUACGAAUUCGAAGAUAUACUCGACACCCACGCCUCGAAUGAGAAAUUAGAACAAGAGAUCGAUUCCUUUACAGAAACGGUGAAGAAGAUGAAGAAGGCGUACAUUGAAGAACUGCACACAGAAGAAGACGACGACGAAGACGACGGCGUUUCGCAAAGAAUUGAUUUUUCCGGCGGGAGUGAGUCUAAGAUGGUUGGAUUUUCUGCUCAAUUCGACAGAGUCAAAGCCGUACUUUUGAAACAAGAUCUAUCAGUUACUGUCUCGUUGAACGGAAUGGCAGGUAUCGGUAAGACUACUCUGGCCAAGAAAAUUCUUCAAGAUCCAUUGAUACUCUCUCAUUUCGAUCGGUGUGUUUUUGUCACACUAGGCCCGAAAUAUCGAUUUAAAAGAAUUGCGGAAAAUAUUCUAUCUCAAAUCAAUUCUGAAAGUGAUGAAGUACUUGUGGAGGGAGAUGAUAGUGAUGAUGAAGCCGAGUAUGACAGCGCAGACGAUAUGAAAAUCCUUGUUGUGUUGGAUGAUGUAUGGGAAUCAAAGAUCUGGGGUGAGUUGGUAGCGGAAUUUCCGGACGAUAUUCAUCAGUGCCGAUUCUUGGUGACGACUAGGCUACGACAAGUAGGAGAGUCUUAUUCACCUUUUUUGGCCCUGGAAAUGCCAUUUCUAAAUAAAGAAGAAAGCUGGGAGCUUCUUCGCCACAAGGUGUUCGAUGAAAUGCCUUGCCCACCUCUGCUCGAGAAAGUUGGGAAGAAGAUUGCUGAAAAUUGCGAAGGCCUUCCUCUUGCUAUCGUCAUAGUUGGUGAUAUUUUAUCCGAAUCGGAGAAGACCGUGGAGUACUGGAACAAGGUAGCAAACCGAGAAGUGUCGGUUUUUGUUGAUGCAUAUGAUCAAAUGUUUGAUACACUGUAUCCAAGCUAUGAGUACUUGCCUCAACAUUUAAAAUCGUGCUUCCUCUACAUGGGAGUUUUCCCCGAGAAGUAUGAGAUUCCUCUCUCCAGGUUCACCAAGUUGUGGGAUGCUGAAGGAUUUUCGGAUCAAGAUCAAAACAGACGUUCAGAAUAUAUUGCUCAUGAAUGUUUGCACGAUCUUCUUUCAAGAAAUCUUAUCAGGGUCCAAAAGGAGAGCUCCUAUAAAGGAAUAAAAAGUUACGGCCAAAUCCACUCUUCCUACUGGUACUUGUGCAAUAAAGUAGCUCCGAUGAAGAGGUUUUUCCAUGGCUUAAAUAGUAUUGCCGACAGUUUAGCAGAAGGUAUAGAAAGUCAGCGGCGAUUGUGCAUUCGCAAUAACGUUUUAUUUGGCAUCAAAGACGCGUACGACUCAAUGGGUUCCGUUUCAUCGGCACGCUCUCUCCUGUGCACUGGUCCAUAUCAUCAAUAUCCAGUACCGAUAUGUUUUGGUUUGAUGUUGCUGAGGGUAUUGGAUGCUCUUUCAAUCCGUUUCUACGAGUUUCCACUUGAAGUGUUGAAGCUAAUACAACUAAGAUAUCUCAGCCUCACAUGUGAUGGCGACAUCUCUAAUUCCAUGUCCGAACUACGGAACCUUCGGUGGUUGAUUGUCGAUAUACAUCAGAGGAUCAAAUCCCCUGGAGCUCCAUCGUAUCUGCCUAUGGAUAUAUGGCAUAUGCAAGAAUUGGAGCAUCUUCAAAUCACGGGUACCGACCUACCAAAUCCAUGUGAAGGAUCACUCUUACCAAAACUCUCAACACUCUUGGAUGUGAGUGCUCGAAGUUGUACCAAGAGAGUUCUUGAAAGAAUCCCGAAUCUCAAGAAACUAGGAAUUCGAAUCGAGUUGACUUCUGAUAAUGUUGAUGAUCAACCUUUGAGCUGCUUCGAUCAUAUUUCCCACCUCGAUAAACUACGCUCACUCAAAUGCGUCGUUGUGAAUCCUGGAAUCAUGUUUGAUAUUGUGGGCCCGCCUUUUCCUCUUUCAAUCUUCCCGUCAAAUCUGGCAAAGUUGACUUUGAGCGGCCUCGGAAAUCCUUGGGAAGAAAUCACGAGCAUUUCCUCAUUGCCGUAUCUCAAGGUGCUCAAAUUGCGAUGCUACGCAUUUCGAGGCACGAAGUGGGAAGUUUACGACAACGGAUUUCCAUGGCUUGAAAAUCUUCUAAUCGAAGACGCUGAUCUGGCACAGUGGAGCGUCGGGAGUGGAAGCUUCCCAAAGCUUAAGAGCCUAACAAUGAAACACUGCUACAAAUUACGAGAGCUUCCUGUGGAGUUUGCUAAAUCUCUUCGUAAGAUUGAUUUAAUUGAGUGCAACCCUCUGGUUUUGACUUGUGCAAAGAAGAUAAAAGAGGAUGGCAAUUUGUUCGAUUUCAGUGUCCGUUAUUCUUCGUGGGAUGAAGGGAACAUCAAGUCAUGUGGACCAACUUGGUUCUCCAAAAGGUGAUAAAUCAUUUACAUCAAGAGCCACAUACUUGUUGACCAGAACGCACCAGAGGAAUUACAUCCGCAUUAUUUGCAUCUUGGAUUUUUUUUUUUUUUUAAUUUGAUAAUUUUGCAUCAGAUC